GGCUGAGCUAUUGUCUCACUAGACUAACUGCUGUCGAUCUUCACAUCGUCUAACUAACUACUGUAUCUUGCCGUGACGUGUCCAGUGACGCCCUCCAGUGUGACGUAACUGCAGUUCCUAGCUUGUCCUUUUGUCUUUCAAAACUCUCUUCGCACUUAAUACUUGCUCCCCAUGAAGCGGAUAUACACUCCGAUCGACGAUAGCAUUCCCGUCCUCAUCUUUGUGCUUUAUUUUGCAAUCAUCUUCCUGAGCUACUUUAUUACAGGAGGACCAGCUGCAGUUGAGAAGUCGAAAGCGGAAACCGCGGACGUUAGUCCUGCAGUUCAAGUCAGAGAAGAGUGAACAAAGCACAUACCUGUGACUUGCAAGGGAAAUCACAAUGGCAGGCACACUAGGCAUGAUCUGUUUGAUCAUCAUAACGCUUCUGAUCCCUCCGGUCGGAGUGUUCCUUGUUGCUGGCUGCGGCGCAGAUCUCCUCAUCAACAUUCUCUUGACAAUCCUAGGUUAUUUCCCGGGACAUAUACAUGCCUUCUAUCUGGAGUACAUCUACUAUGACCGCCGCCGGAUGAGUGCGGAGGGCCGUUUCGCGGCCCGCCCGGCGCCUGGCGUCUACUCCGACCGCAUUCAAAACGGUGGCCAUCACCACAACGCUCCCCCGGCUGCGGCUGCUGGCAACAACUAUGGCACAACUUAUGGAACAGUUCCAGCAGCCUAAGAUCUGACCGAUUCCAUACGAUCCAAUGACGAUUCUUCGCCAAUUGACGCGAGAAAAAAAAAUUUUCGGGUAGGAGGCUGCUUUCGGAUAUCGAUCGUCUUAUUGUUGCCUCGCAGUAAUGGCGUUUCCUCAGUGGCAUCCGGGGGUUCCCAUGAUGCGCACGGGAUGGUUGGUAAUAUUUCAUACUAUUUUAAUAGUUCAAUGUGACACAGGGUUAUGAUUGAUGCGUCGUUCCUUUUUUAUCAUGUGCUCUCUACAAUAUUACAAGCGUCGGGUGCCCCAUCAAGGCAGAUAGUUUAUUUUAGAAAACAGAA